CUUACAAUGUUUAAACUGAUUGUGGCUCUAAUUUCGUUACUCGCCAAGGAAGUUUCAAGCGUCCUUUUGCAGGAUCCGGAACUCAUUGGAGGCUAUUUCCAAGGUGACAUCGUAGAGCCAAUUCGUUCCCGUAACGGAAUUGCUAACCCGCAGCGUAACUGGCCAAAUGGCGUGGUUUACUACCAUAUUGAGGAAAAUGCAUUUGGCGUCAGGCAUUAUGCGGAAAUUCUACGGGCUUUUUCUAUUAUUGAGGAAAACUCGUGUGUUUUUUUCAAGAAGUCCACCGAAGAAGAGCGCAAAAAGUCAAUCCUCAUUACAUCGAAAGCCGUCGGAUGCCAUGCCAUCUUUGUGGGCUUUCGCAAUAAUUCCUAUGUGGUGAACCUUGGGCAUUAUCCUCUUGGCUUUGGAUGCUUUCGCAUCGGCUCCAUACUUCACGAGUUGCUCCACGCCCUCGGAUUCGAACAUCAGCAUGUGGCCCAAGACAGAGACGAGUACAUCAGCAUUCAAUGGGAGAACAUUAUACCCGAGUUCAAAAUUAAUUUCAUUAAUAAUGACACUACCACCAAGUGGCAUAGUUUUGGCGAGUCCUACGACUAUGAUAGUGUAAUGCACUAUGUUCCCACAGCGUUUUCAAAAAAUGGUAAGCCUACGAUUGUGGCACUCAAGGAUGGAGCCUCAAACAUGGGGCAGCGAUGGGGAAUGAGUGCAAAGGACAUUCGAAAGCUUAACAAAAUGUACAAGUGUCCCGGCUAUGUUUAGGAUUUUAUUUCAAAUGCAGAUUUUAUAACCAAAAAAAUCUUAGUUAAUUAAAAACUUAUAAAGAUGAAUUUGUUUUUGAAUACAAAGCUUUCGCAUCAAACAAUGUGAAAUAUAAUAUUACACCAAAUA